CUCUUGACCUCGUGAUCCGCCCGCGUCGGCCUCCCAACUUGCUGGGAUUACAGGCUUGAGCUACCGCGCCCGGCCUAUCCAAUAGACAUUCUUGCAGACGUGUUCAAAUACUUUGGUUCAAGAAUGUUCACUGCAGCAUUAUCUUAAUAAUGAAAGGCCGGAAUCCACCCAUAUGUCCAUCAAUAGGGGUCUGAGUAAGUAACAUGUGGGCAUCCUUAAAACUGCUUAGCAUGCAACUGUUAAAAUGAGAGAAGGAUAUCCACGCGCUGACAAGGGACAGCCUCCAUGAUACACUGAGUCACAAAAGCCAGGUGCAGAAAUGUGUGGAGUGUGCCGCUGUUUGGGUCAAAGGGAUGAGGACAGGCACAUAUAUUAACAAGUUUGUACAAGCACAAAUAAAUACAACUAUAUAUAAAUAGCUCUGGAAACUCACAAGUGGUUGCCUCACAAAUAGGGGCUACUUAAGGACUAGGAGGUUUGAAAACAAUUUUUCAAAUCAUUGUAAAUAUAUUAUUUUAAAAAAAACCCUACGUCGAUAUGCAUCAAUCCAUGCUCUUUUGGUAACUUUUACUCUGUGUGGAGCUGACAUCAAAAACAUGCCCAAAACUCUGCUUUGAAGGCCUGUAGGGGUGGGGGAGGAUCUUUAAUUUCCUCGCGCAGUGAAGCCAAUAAAAGGUACGAAUAGAUUCAGCCCAACCUCGUGCUCUGUGGCUCCAGGGCUUUCCCCUCCCCGCCCUUCCCCAGCCCGGCUGCCAGCCUCCGGUGCCCUGGGAUUUUGAGGACUGGCUGGAGUCCCUGCUUCCCCCUUAGAGGGCGGUAGCGGGGCGUCUCGUGGACGCAUGCGCCCCAAAUUGCGCUCGGGGAAUUAAAAGAGGGGAAAAAAAGCCCGAAGAAAACUCACGCCCCAAACAAAACGCAAGUAGAGGAGGGCGCGCGGCCUGCAGCCCUCGCCCGCGUCCCCGGCCGCGGCGUGAUGCGCGCGGACCAGCCCGCGACGCCCGGGCUGCCGCUGUCCCCGCACCUGGACGCUGGCGCGGUGGCCGCGCCCCAGCCUCGAUCGCUCGCCGCGGCGACUCGGCCCCAGGCUUCCCGCGCCGGUGGGGGCCCUCGCUCUCCAUGGGGCUGAGGGACUGGCUGAGAACCGUGUGCUGCUGCUGCCGGUGCGAGUGCUUGGAGGAGCGCGCCCUGCCUGAGAAGGAGCCCCUCGUCAGUGAUAACAAUCCAUAUUCCUCAUUUGGAGCAACUCUGGUGAGGGAUGAUGAGAAGAAUUUAUGGAGUAUGCCCCAUGAUGUGUCCCACACAGAGGCAGACGACGACAGAACCCUGUACAAUUUGAUAGUCAUUCGUAAUCAGCAGGCCAAAGACUCAGAGGGAGUGCUCCAGAGUGGUGAGACAUCCAAGCUAAAGCAUAAAGCCAACCAUUGUUGGGAGUUAUUGAGGGCCCCUCUAAGUCUUGAAGGUGCCAGACUGCUGGGCACAGGCCCCUCCUGGCCUCUACCCCCUGCCAACCGCUACUCCAAGGAGUGGCAGAAGCUCAACUAUGAUAUCCAUACCCUGCGGCAGGUUCGAAGGGAAGUAAGAAACAGAUGGAAGCGCAUCUUAGAAGAUUUAGGUUUUCAAAAGGAAGCUGACUCUUUGUUGUCAGUGACUAAACUCAGCACCAUCAGUGAUUCUAAAAACACAAGGAAAGCUCGAGAGAUGUUGUUAAAACUGGCUGAAGAAACCAAUAUUUUCCCAACAAGUUGGGAGCUCUCAGAGAGAUAUCUCUUUGUUGUGGACCGUCUCAUUGCACUUGAUGCUGCAGAAGAGUUCUUUAAGCUUGCUCGUCGAACUUACCCCAAGAAGCCUGGGGUUCCAUGCCUGGCAGAUGGCCAGAAAGAACUGCACUACCUUCCGUUUCCAAGUCCCUAAAGGAGAGUCUCAGGGGCAGAAUGGGAAUUCUUCCAUGAGGACUCAGCAGUCAACCAAAGUUGGACAAUUACAUGUAGAAGAGAGUGAGCAAAUAGUUUGCUUAGUGAAAAAUGAUACUGAAUUCUACAUAAAUGUAAAGUCUUUAAUCUGAGGACCCUGCCCCAUGAAUUGUGCAGGCUGCACUGAAACGCCUUGGUGAUCUCAUAUUUAGGAAGAAAGUUAAAGAGUUGGUCAGAUGGAUAGUUCAUAAUGGGUGGUUCCAUUCUGAGAGCCCAUUGCUCCAGCUUUGGUUUUGGUUGUGUCAUAAUCUCUGAUCAUUAAUCCUACUGACUGAGUGGACUAUUUCAGUUAAUAAAACAAUAUGAUUAAUAGAGAGAGCUGUCAUUGAGUCCCAAAAUGGAUUGCCAGUUUUAAAAUAAUUAUUAUAAAAUGUAUGCUAACCCCAAAAUAAUACUAGGCAUGAGGUGACCUCUCUGAUUUGGUCACCUUGUAGAACCUUAGAGGGUGUCAGGGCAUCUCUCUGAGUAUCAGUUAUGAUUAUUCAGAAGUAUAGAUGUAUCAAAUGAUAGAAAUGACAAGGAAUGGCUGGGCGCGGUGGCUCAUGCCUGUAAUCCCAGCACUUUGGGAGGCCAAGGUGGGUGGAUCAUGAGGUCAGGAGUUCGAGACCAGCCUGACCAACAUGGUGAAACCCUGUCUCUACUAAAAAUACAAAAAUUAGCCAGGUGUGAUGGCACGUGCUUGUAAUCCCAGCUACCCAGGAAGCUGAGGUAGGAGAAUCAUUUGAGCCCGGGCAGUGGAGGUUACAGUGAGCCGAGAUUGCAUCAUUGCACUCCAGCCUGGGCGACAGAGCGAGACUCUGUCUCAAAAAAAAAAAAAGAAACGACAAGGAGUGCUGCUCAAAAGGGAGACCCAAAUGGAACUUCCUACAGCUGCAUUUAAAGAGUUAUGUGUUCCUGUGUGGUACUUGCAUUUUAAAUUCCCAACAUUAUUGAUAUCUGGUUCUCUCAUCUUUGUAUAUUGUCCAUUUCUAUUCCAAAAGCCUUUGGCUUUUUUUUUUUUUUUGAUGGACUCUCGCUCUGUUGCCCAGGCUGGAGUACAGUGGUGCGAUCUCGGCUCACUGCAACCUCCGCCUUCCGGGUUCAAGUGAUUCCCCUGCCUCAGCCUCUGGAGUAGCUGGAACUACAGACGCGUGCCACCACACCUGGCUAAUUUUUUGUAUUUUUUAGUAGAGACGGGGUUUCACCAUGUUAGCCAGGAUGGUCUCGAUCUCCUGACCUCGUCAUCUGCCUGCCCCAGCCUCCCAAAGUGCUGGGAUUACAGGAGUGAGUCACCGCGCCCGGCCAAGCCCUUGGCAUUUUAUCUGGAAUAGCAUCUGUAAACUGAAGUGUUUGACAUCUGUUUUCUUCUCUCCUCUUUCAUCUGUUUCUGAUUCGUUGGCUGGCAGCUGCACCUGUGGGAGAACCUCUCAUGCAGACUUGCACAUAUGCAGGGAGUAUUGCACUGAAGAUCUUUGCUGGACCUUCUUCUCUUCAGAAGAUAAUUUUCAAAAGGGAGCAAUGCUGUGAAUGCAGCUUGCUUCUCUGUACAGAUUGAGAAGUCCAGCUUCAAAAGUUACUUGCCACUUAAGCAAGGAACUUAUCAAGAGAUCAUGGUUCAUGUUACUGAAAAGACUUUAAGGAUUUGUAAGGUUAAUCCAUAGAUUGCCGAGAACAAUGGCAAUAUUUUUAUUUUUACAGAUUUUGCACUUCUGAAUUCAGGUUAAAAACUAACUUGUAUUUAGUCUGCUUAGAGGACUGUGACUUGAAAAUUUUUAUAUACCAAUGAGCUUUUUGGUAGCGUCCACAAUGUUUAAAAUAUUUCAUAGGCGAGAUCCGUGUUCUCCAUUUAUUAAUGCAUUGUAGACCAAUUUAACUGCUGUGUUUCAGGAAAAUUCUUCCUAGUUUAAUAAGCAAGCUGAAAGUUUUAUUUUUUAUAUUUAGUGCUUAAUCUUUGCCUCAUGUUAUGUAAAAUUAGCCUGCAGAUAUUUUCUCUCAAUUCUGUAGGCUCUCACAAGAUAAACAUUCAAACAGUGAAACAAACAAUAAAAUAAAUAAAUCUAAGGAUGUUGUAUUGUUUUACUCUCUGUCUCAGAAUUUGUAUUUUGCCUUUCUGCCUUUUUUAUGUCAAAAUAGAUGAGAUUGUGUGCAUCUAUAAAUUGUUACCACAGUAUUUUUGAUAAUGAAUAAGGAUAGGACUAUCUCUGUGAUUAUUAAAAUACAUGGAAUUAUCCAGGAAAUUUUCCUUACAAGGAAUUAAAAGACUCCUGUAUUUACUUUUCA